UCAAAAAAUGACUCAAACCGAUUUUCAAAAUAGUUGGCAACUAAUCGAUUAAUCGCUGCAGCUCUAUUGCUAAACAGUGGCAUGUUAGCAUGCAGACUUUAGCAUUUAGUUAAGUAGGCCUACAGCCUCACAGAGCCGUUAUUGUGGCUGUAGACUUGUUGUUUCCUUGACAUUUUAAAAGAACAUCUUGCCGGUGAAGCUGACAGCUGUAUCAGCUAACAAAGACGCCCCAAAUAAGGCGACAGGACGUGACAGUAACGUUUUUAAGGUGACAUGUUUAGGGGGGAUUAUUUCCCGGCGGAGACUUCCUUUUCUCCCGGGGGUGUCAGGAGAUUGACAGUAAACAGACCGUGACAUAAUGUAUGCACUGAUUAAAAAAAAAUCCAUCCAGGCAAAACUAAAUACCCUGAAAACUCUGACAAAAGCAAAUUAAAACUUCAUGUUUACCGUGAUGGAAGAUGUGGCCCGGAGAGUCAUUCAGAGCCCUGAACUGUAAUAUUCUUAUAUUAUGUGCAUAUGUAAUGGGUAUUACUGGGUGGGAGUCAGGGGCGCCUUUGUGCACGGAGUCACUUUGAUCCUCCAAAUCCACACUGUUUCAAUAAGGAAUGCCACAUUAACCGAGCACACACACACACACAUGCCAUCAAACUGACCACCAGCCCCCCCAUUACAGCACAUAUCCAUCAUCACAUCACAUGUCCACGCAGACGAACACACACAGAGCAGCUGUGGCUAAGUUUAGCCUCCAUCAGGUCACGGUAAGUAGAGAGGAACACUGCUGGCGUUCUAACAGCCGUACCGAGAGGAUCUGACAUUGUGUGGGAAAGAUUAAAAAAACACUCUCAAAAGUCUGUUUUUCCUCUUUCUGAGUAGCCUGUGUGCUGAAUUUUGAACUAGCGUAACCUUUCCACAAAAACACACUCAUCUGUGAGUGCGAGCAAGCAACCACUCAGAGAUCACAACUCACAAAAUGUACAAUGCGGAGAGCGCCGCGAGAACUUGUAAGUGUGCAAUAAAGCGAUGUUGUUUGCAUAUUGAUGUGCAUCCGAGAGACAGUAGCGAAAUCAAUCAGACGACCGUAAAAAACUGGACAACUAGUAGCCUGAUAUUGAAAACAAAUCUUAAUUAUAACCCCUUCUAUCUCUGCAUAAAAAUAAUAGUAUGACAUCAAUCUGCAUGAUUUCAUAGCCGCACAUGUCACAAUAAGGUUAAAUGCCUCCCAGAAGGGCACGGCUUACUCUUGACACCUAAUGCUAUGCGCUCUUGCUUUUGACGCUUGUAAAAUCUUUUGACAGCUUGGCAAAACUACCCGUGGUUUUUGAUAUGCACCUCCGCCGAGCUGUGUCUGUGUGUGUGUUUCUAUUCCUGUCGCCAUGGCGAUGAGGGCACAGAUAGGUGCCGUGGCAACCGUGCCCAGGAAUCUUGGGCCUGCAGACUGUUGUAGCAGCUGUAUGUACCGAUGAGUUCAUCCUCCGGGUUAGAGACACUAAAACCCCGCCAGGCUCCCUCUCUGUGUGUGUGUACGGUUGUGUUUAUCCAUGCAUCUGCUCGCUUGGUGGGAUGUUGGAUGCAUGCAUUCGGGUGAUACUCCCUCCCGGACGCAGAAAGGAAAGGGCAGCGGACAAACACAAAGCCAACAGAGCCGGGACAUCACGGAAAGAGACAGGAGGGCUUUGGGACGGACCAAGUUUGAGGGCCAAAAGAGGGGGGGAGGUGUAAUGGGAUGUUGGUAACCUUCCUAUCAUGGUGUCACAUGCUCGCCGCUGCAGACAGAGCAGCACAAAAGCACAGAUGGAGAGACGUCGACUAAGGACGCGCACUUCACUCUCUUUUCCUCUCGACUCUCCUGUCUUUUCACAUCAUUUCCUGCUCUUUGCUUUCAACAACCUAUUAUCCUGUUCUCCUACUCACGUCUGAUUCUCUUUCUGUCAAACGCUUGUCGGCUACAUCUCUUUUGACAACGCUCGUUGCUGCUUUGCCUGAGCUUUUAAAGUUUCUUCCUCUCACUGCUGCUUCCUCCUACCAUCCUGACUAAGCUUUUUCUUAGCAAUUAAUCCUCUUUUUUCACUUGUUUCUUCAGAAGCUUUCUCUCCAACCGCUUAUCUUUUGGAUGGAUAGCUACUCCCUCCUCUACAGUACCUCCCACAGAACCGGACUUCUCUCCGGUUUCCAGCGCCUGCGCUCCCAGGGAACCAUGUGUGAUGUCGUCCUCGAGGCCGGCGGUGUGUCUUUCCCUUGUCAUCGCGCCCUUUUGGCCAGCUCCAGCGAGUAUUUUUGGGCUCUGUUUGGAGAGACUACCGCGGAGAGAUUAGCGCGCUCCAUUAGCCUCCCGGCGCUAACGCCUGAAGGUUUAGACGCCAUUCUGGACUUCCUGUAUUCCGGCUGGCUCAGCAUAUCAACGCCUACGCUUCCUGUCGUCUUAGAGGCGGCGAGGUACUUGCAGGUGGAGACGGCCGUGUCAAUAUGUGAGCGCUUUAUGACUGAUGGUUUAAACGCUGAGAAUUGCUGUUGCUACGCUAACUUGGCCGAGUAUCACGCCCUCUCAGAUGCACUUGAAGCCGCCAAUCAAACCAUCGCUAUUGAGAUGGGGACAUUGCUGCAGGACGGCAGGGAUGACCUUCUAAGGCUGAAUAUCCAAUCGCUGAUGGCGGUGCUCGAUGCUGAUGAAAUCCCUGGUGUCAAGGAGGCGGAGCUCAUAAAGCUGGCUCUGGAUUGGCUGGAUGAGAACGGGCCCCUCCCUCUGCUGAAAUCAAAUCUCCUGCUGAGUCGUCUCCGCUUCGGAUUGGUCGCCCCCUCUGACCUCACCGAUCUUAGCCACGCCCACAGAGCCAUGGCCACACCUCUCAUCAGAAGUCAGCUGACUCGGGCGAUGGAGUACCACAUGCUGGGUUCAGCUCAACCAAGCAGACAGAGCAAACAGUCGACGCUCAGAGCGUCGCCCAAUGGCGUGCUGCUUGUGGGUGGAGGAUCCAGCCCUGAUUGGCCGGAGCAGCAGAUGCUGGCGUUUGAUCGUAGAAGCAGGAAGUUUUCAUCUCUGAGCUCCAGCAUCCCGUUGCGGCUGAGAAACCACUGUGCGUGCUCAGUAGGAGGUUUCCUCUUCGUGAUCGGAGGAGAGGAAGUGAAAGAGGGAUACGAGGAUGGGAAAAAGUCUGUUACCGUGGCGACAUCCAAGCAGGUGUGGCGCUACGAUCCUCGCUUCGACCGCUGGGAGCCGGUGGAGUCCAUGCUGGAGAGGCGGGAGCAGUUCACCUGCUGUGUGGUGGAGGACGCCAUCUAUGCCAUCGGAGGACGACACACGCGACCAGACGGCAACACACACGCCUCUGUAGCUUCGGUUGAGUUCUACGACAUGGCCACAGGAGCGUGGAGGAGAGGAGCAACCAUGCCCCGCCCCCUUUAUGGCCACGCUUCGGCUGUGCUUGACAACAACAUCUACGUGUCAGGUGGUCUCCCGGGCAACCACGGCGGCAGUAACCAUGGUGAUAACCAGGAGGACCACAGAGAGAGCAGCAGAGAAGUCCUGUGCUGGGACCUCAAAGGAAAAGUCUGGGAGAAGCGAGCGUCCAUGUCCAUCGCCAGGUUCAGCCACCGCCUGGCGACCGCCAACGGGCACAUCUACGCCCUGUUGGGAAUGUACGAGCCUUUCUGUGAUAUCGAAAAAUACGAUUCGCAGUCGGACCACUGGACCCGCCUCCGACCGCUUCUCAUCGGCUCCUUCAACUACGGCAUGGCGUCAACGCCGUCUGGGAAUCUGCUGGUGUUCGGAGGGAGGAGAUGGAGCGACGGACAGGAAGUGAUAGUGAAGAGUGUGCUGGAGUACGAUACGAAGACAGAUCGCUGGAGAGAGAUCUGUCAGCUCCCCAGACCUCUCACUGGGACUGAGUGCACCCUGCUGCCUCUACCAGACUAAAGUCCACAUCGUGUAAGAAAACUUAAAGAUGAAGGUGAAACUAUUUCACUUGUUGGUGCAAAAUAAUCUCAAAAUAAUGAGAGCCGAGCACACAUGAAAACAUUUUAAGGAACUAAAAUGAUUUGGUUUCAGCGAUGAGACCGCUGUUUCUAGUCCCAUCCCAUUAGAAGAGAACAGAUGUGUAUUAUUCCAGGAUAUUUAGGGAAAACAUUCAAACAAGUAACAUUUUCUUAAACUACUUAAAGAAACAGUUUGACAUUUUAGAAAACACACAAUCGUUCUUCCAGAGAAUCAGCUGAGGAGAUUGAUACCACUCACUAGUUAGGCUGUUUUCCCAAUUCUUUCCCGUCUUUAUGCUCAGCUCUUUUACUUCUUAUAGGAGUAGUUAUAGGCUACAUUUUGGGAAGUGAAUUUUGCAUUUUUAUUUUAUUUAUGAGUGUUAGAUGAGAAUAUUGAUAUGGCUCUCAUAUCUGUCCGUUAAAUAUGAAGCUAGAACUGGGACGGUAAGCUUAGUUUUACAUAAAGCACAUAACCUUUUGUAAAAACUUUUGAUUAAAAAAACAAAGAUUGUGUAAAUCAGUGAGCUUUAACCCGAACCCCAAAGCUAGACUAGCUGUUUCCCCCUGCUUCAAGUCUUUCUGCUAAGCUAAGCUACUCUACUAUUACUUGUGGGUAGUUUGACAUUUUGGGACGUACACUUAAUUCUCUUUCUUGUCGAGAGUUAGACGAGAAGUUUGAUACCACUCUGUCCGUUAAAUAUGAAGCUAUAACCAGGAGACGGCUAGCACUUAGCAUAAAGCAUGUGACCUCCUGUAAAACCACAACUUGUUACUUUUACAGUUCAGUUUUUGUACGGAUUAAACAAACAAGACAUUAUGUGUUAAUUAAGCUCUUUCCCCUGUUCCCAGCCUUUAUGCUAAGUGAAGCCAGUCGUCGUCUGGUUUUAGCUAACGGAGAGGGCGGUAGAGAUCUACUCAUCGAACUCGCAAGCUAAAAAGGCGCAUUUUAUUGUCUUUAUUUGUUUUAGUUUUUGGAGUGCACGUCCACGUCUGAUCACUCACUGAUCUGACAGAUUUUUGAAAAGGACUGAAGGUGUAAUUAAACCCUUUAGCUUGUCUUUUUUAUCAUCUGUACUUUUAAGUUUUUAGCAGAUACAGUUAUUGAGAGCUCAUUACAAGCAACCGCCAGCGAGAAGUGAUGGUGUUUUGUCAAUAUUCCUGUGACCGAAUGUGCCGAUGUUCAAAGAGCAGGAAUAAAACAAGAGCUAAGGUGGGAGAUAAAGGGGAUUUUGAGAACCAGUAGAGGAGAGGUGAGGGGAUUUAGUGGGACGAAGGUAAUUCCUUAACAAAUGGAGGAGGUUGAGCCAGGCUGCGUAGGAGGAGGAUAUCACCACAGAAGAGGGAAUAGAGAAGAAGUCAGAACAGGAGAUAAGGUGAAGGUGGAGGAGGACAUAUUUGUAAUAAAAACAGCAAAGCUAAGCUGAAUAUUUUAUGGAAGAUAAAAGUUCGAUGCAUGUGACAUUCCCGUUUAUUUACUAGCGAUGAAUAAUUUAAGUUUUCUAUAAGAUAGAUAUAGAAAUAGAGGAUAUCGAGUGACCUUUUGUCUUGGUUCACAUCUGCACUGACAACCAAAAUGGACAAAGUCGGUUAAAGCUGCAGAGUAGCAAAAGCAUUAGCGGGAAAUCAUAUGCAUGAUUUGUGGGUAACCUGCUGGAGUUCAUUAUUUAUGGAUUUCUUUGUGCGUACUUCCAUUUAAUCCUGAAUACAUACUGUGUGCAUAACCAUUAUUUAUUUAACAUGUUUUAAAGGUAAUACUUGGAUUCAAAAUUAAUUUGGGUGUCUCAUCAUAUCCUGCAGUGCAUAUUGUCAAUAAAAAAUCACAACUUCAAAGCUUAUACAAGCAAUUUAAAAUAUUGUAUGUACAAAUCAUGGAGUGUAUACUUUUAUGUUGCCUAUUAUUGUGAAAACAUUGUUGGAUUUAAUGUAGUUUUUUGUACAAUUAAACAUUCCAAUUGGUAAUUAUCAUGAAAUAAUGAUAGAUCAAAUCAACUCAGAUCAUAACCUGCUGAACAAAUCAGAAAACAAUCAUACCUUUAGUCAAUUACCAUUAAAAAAGACAAUAAAACUGAAUUAUAAAAGUGAAUAGCUCUUGUGUGUUUAUCUCCAACAUGUGUUAAAGUCUAGCUAUCCUCCUCUCCUCCUCACCGUCCACCGAAGCGAAAACAAACCACAAAUACACCUUCAUCCAAAUGACCACACUUUAUUGAUCCACUCCUCUUCUUCUUCCGACAGAACACGUAGAAUGAUAAAUAAAUACUGUUUAUUUUUACCAUAAUUUAUAGAUUGAACAUUUAACAAUCUUUACUCAACUGUCCAUAAAAACCCUGAUAGCAUUAGAGAACAUUAUCCAAGACACUUAGUUUGCACUCUAUAAAGAGAGAUCUACUGUAUCUAGAGAUUUCAAACACAAAAACAGAAAAAGGAAUAUUGUGUUUAUCUACAACAAAGACAUGCUACUACAACCAACCACGGGCAGCAGCAUAGAAAGAGCAUUCAAACUGUGUGUUGUGUAAGGUGUGUGUGUUUGUUGGUGUGUGUGCAUGUCUUUGUGCGUACGAUUGCUUUCAUAGUUUUGUGCAGUGUCUCUGAGUAUUAAGUCAUUUUGGCAGCAGCGUACAAAUAACAAACUAAUAUAUUUUUUAUUAGAUCCAUAUUUCAAAUCCUAUGCAGAUGUCACCUCAUGGUCUCUAUGUGGCAUGCAGGACACAGAGAGCCAAAUGGUCUCUGAGGAAAAAUCCACCCAUAGAAACUUUUACACCGUUAUAUAAAAUAUAAUCAAUCUGGGAUGUUCGGAAAGUUUCAGGAGUUAUUUUGUGCCUGUUUAUUACUUCAGUUAGAGGCUUUUUUUGUGCUUCUUAGGACGCUUUUUUAUGGCGACCAGAACAAACCUUCCAUUUGUUCUUGACUAAUAUACUUUUAGUUUUCAUUUAUCAAGUGUUAAAGCCUGUGAACACCCACACAGGUGUUUGAUGGGAACGUAUUAGGUCACAAAUCUCCAUCUACCAAUAAGAAUGAUAAAGGUGUAGUUUGUCCCGCCCUAAUAGGAGACUCAGGAAGAUGUCAAUCAUUUACAGUCACGCCCACACAGUCCCAAGAAGAGGUUGAAUCAGCCAGAUUAACUGAAAUCACCUGUGUGGGUGUUCAGAAGAGAGACUAAAGCCACAGAAAAUCAAAGAAAAAAUUUAAACAUGCCCAGAAGCAAGAAUGCCUGUGUCUUUUUUUCCCUGUGAAGGUAUUUCUUGUUUGUACAAUAACAUGUUGUCUUCACUCUAGAAGUGGCAAUAAACUGUCUUUUAAAAGGUACUAUAUGUAACAAUGUACGUGUUUUAAUCGCUUUAUAUGGCCAAUGUGUGUACGGAUUGUAAUGUAACUUAAAAACGGAGACCUUCCCCGACUUUCUCGGUUGCCUAUAACAGCCUGUGGACUGAUUUCUAUGUAUAGGACUCGGGACUGUUUUGCCAGGAAAAUCCAAAGAAUCUGAUGUUUAUGCGCGCUCCCGAGUGCCUCGCCUCUCUUCAGGUCCCCUAAAGCGCCAACAGUGUGCAGCUAAAAUACUGUCUUGAGUGCUUAAGCUAUGGUUGGCCAGCUUGUUAAAACGUACUGGCCCAAUUUUCAUGAAACUUGGUGGAAGGUUGUAGCACGAGCCAAGAAAGAAACCAAUGCAUUUUGGAGUGGAUCUGAGUCAAAGGGUGGAUACACGCAUUAUAUUUCACUUAUAGAAACGGCCUUGAGUGCCCUUCUAGCUUUUAAAACCGAUCUCUUUGCGGUCAUUAUGGACAAGAGGAACUCUUUCAAUGUACAUAUGGGCACAUACUGUAUAGCCUUUAAGCAUUGUUAUCAGACUUGAAAAUAAAAUGUGACCCUCUCCUUUAUGUGAUGUCAUGUGACUGGGGAAUGUGAUCAAAGACAUCACAGUAUCUUUAUGCAGAUAUAAGAGGCCUUGUUUGAGUCGGUUUUUAUGGAGAUGUAAACUGCAUAAAACAACAUUGAAGUGUCAUGCUUUAUAAUGUUUAACUGAAGAUGUUUUGUGUUCAAAGGGAUGUGAUUUAAAGGAAAUAAUUAGGCCCAAAAAUGAAUUAAUGAGCUCUAAUAGAGGCAGCUGAUGUCGAAUGUCAAAUUAAAUGGUAUCAACGACUAUAUUCUAGGACAAGUCUCCCUGGAGGUAAAAUGAUUCUGAGAGUGGAAAUGAAGUGACAGCAUGACGAAGAAUCUGGCAUCAUAUCAGUGUUGUGCAAAAAAAACGAAAAACACCACAACAUGGGCUUCUAAAAUG